GAGAUGGACUUAAAGAUCUAAAAUUCAUUCCAGAUACACAAUAUUACCAUUUCUCUCAGACAUUGUUCACAAAUCAGUCUAAAUGCGUGAUAGUGAGCACUUCUGCUUUGCUGAGAUAAUCCAUCUCACCUCACAGGUGUGCCACAUCAAGAUGCUGAUCUGUCAUCAUGAGAAGUGCACAGGUCUACCUUAUACUGCCCACAAUAAAAGGCCACCCUGGAAUGUGCAGUUUUUUUGCUUUAUUGGGGGUCUGGGGACUCAGAACCGGUAAGUAUCUGGUGUGACCACCUUUGCCUCAUGCAGUGCAACACAUCGCAUAGAGUUUAUCAGAUUGUCAAUUGUGGCCUGUGGAAUGUUGGUCCACUCCUCUUCAAUGGCUGUGCGAAGUUGUUGGAUAUUAGUGGGAACUGGUGCGCGCUGUCAUAUACGCCGGUAAAGCACAUCCAAAACAUGCUCAACGUCUGGUGAGUAUGCUGGCCAUGCAAGAACUGGGACAUUUUCAGCUUCCAAGAAUUGUGUACAAAUCCUUGCAACAUGGGGCUGUGCAUUAUCUUGCUGAAACUUGAGGUGAUGUUCAUGAUGUUCAUGGAUGUACGGCACAACAAUGGGCCUCAGGAUCUCAUCACGGUAUCUGUACAUUCAAAAUGCCAUCGAUAAAAUGCACCUGUGUUAUUCGUCCAUAACAGAUGCCUGCCCAUAUCAUAACCCCACCACCACCAUGGGCCACUCGAUCCACAACAUUUACAUCGGCAAAGCGCUCACCCACUCGACGCCACACACGCUGUCUGCCAUCUGCCCUGUAAACCGAGAUUCAUCCGUGAAGAAAAUACCUCUCCAACAUGCCAGACGCCAUCGAAUGAGAGCAUUUGCCCACUCAAGUCUGUUGCGGCGACGAGCUGGAGUCCGGUGAAGACCCCGAUGAGGACGACGAGCAUGCAGUGAGCUUCCCUGAGACGGUUUCUGACAGUUUGUGCAGAAAUUGUUUGGUUAUGCAAACCAAUUGUUUCAGCAGCUGUCUGAGUGGCUGAUCUCAGACGAUCUUGGAGGUGAACCUGCUGGAUGUGGAGGUCCUGGGCUGGUGUGGUUACACGUCGUCUGCGGUUGUGAGGCCGGUUGGAUGUACUGCCAUAUUCUCUGAAAUGCCUUUGGAGACAGCUUAUGGUGGAGAAAUGAACAUUCAAUGCACGAGCAACAGAUCUGGUUGGCAUUCCUGCUGUCAGCAUGCCAAUUGCACGCUCCCUCAAUGCUUGUGGCAUCUGUGGCAUUUUGCUGUGAGGCAAAACUGCACAUUCCAGGGUGGCCUUUUAUUGUGGGCAGUAUAAGGUAGACCUGUGCACUACUCAUGAUGUCAGAUCAGCAUCUUGAUGUGGCACACCUGUGAGGUGGGAUGGAUUAUCUUAGCAAAGCAGAAGUGCUCACUAUCACACAUUUAGACUGAUUUGUGAACAAUGUUUGAGAGAAAUGGUAAUAUUGUGCAUCUGGAAUGAAUUUUAGAUCUUUAAUUCCAUCUCAUGAAAAAUCGGAGCAGAAACAAAGGUGUUGCAUUUAUAUUUUUGUUGAUUGUAAGUUCUCCAACGCCAGCAGAGGGGCUUUAGCUCUUCUCAGAAAUCAAACGUGAUUAAAAAGUUUUUGUUGAUUAAACGUGAGAGGCUACCUAAAUGAUGAGCGGGUGGGUCAGCCGCUCACACUGAUCAUUUCAACUGUAAACCUGAAACCCCUGAUCUGUAAUCAGUCUGAUGUCCUCAAGAAACAAGAAAGGAAGUUUUGUUCAAACCCAAUUAAGUUGUGACGAGAUUUAAAAGGAAGCACAAGAACAAAAGAACUGGGGGAAAAUAACCCAAUGUCUCAAAAAAGCAACAAACCCCAAACGGUUGAGCCUUUAAGGAGGCAAAACUGUAAAAAAGCUUUAAUUCAGUAUAUUAUGUUUUAUUUUUAAUAUUUGAAGUUGCUGUCAGGAUUGCAGUCAGGUGUCAGGAUGUUGAAUAUUUGUGGCACGGCCUCAAAAUUAUGGUUGCAUCAUUUGUUAGAUUUCAAACAAAUACAAGAUGUGCCACACCAGAUAUGCUGAAACUGGACAGCUUUGUGGGUUUAUAACUGAGCUAAUAAGAUCUGGAGCUAAUUUUGUUGACAAAUUAAAGGUGCAACAUUAGCCAGAUUCACAUCGCCAGCAGAUAAUCAAUAGUUGAUAAAUAAUGUUUUUGCUCCAGCUAUAGCCGUUUUGGUGUUUUCUAAAAUAAUUUGGCAGCCAUUUUUUCUUUAUUAGCUUGACUUCAAAGGUUAAUUAGUUAUAGAUGUACAUCCAGUGCUUACUUGUAACGUUCUUGGAACGCAAUUGACGUCAAACCAAAGUUUACCAAAAGCAAAAUAAGACAGUUCCUGGAUCUUGUUCCAGCAAGAUCCGGCUCAAAUUAAGCCCUGUGUUCCUCCAUUAAUGAGUUUUCAUAAAGAUCAUUUAUGAAAUAUUUACCAACAGAAACAAAAACAUCCAUUUUCUGCAGCAGUAUAAUAAUUAUUAGUGAUAAAUCGAUUCUCUCCGAAGCUCAAGUUUUUAACAGAAUAUUAAAAAACAAGUUUCAUUUUUUUACAUUUAUAAAAAAAAACAUCCUCUCAAUCAAAACAACUGUUUACCUAGAUUGCCCCAGGAUUACAUCCUGGGGGGUGGGGGGCGCGGGUGUGUGGAACCCCCCAAAACUAAAUACAGCAAAGAGUUAUACACCUCAUGUUAUCUAUUUCACCACAAAUCCAUCUAAAGAAUGCAAUACCAUGCAUUUAAAAUACAGAUUAAUAGUGAAAAACUAAAGUUUUCAGAGGCAGGAAAAACCGCCUCCCCCUCGGGUUGUCUCCCAGUGGUUUGAUCCCCUGAAUAAAGCUCCAAACCCCCACUCAGAUUGCUCCUGGGAAUGUGUGUGUCAUUGUGUGGAGAAGUCUUUGAAAAGAGUCAGCAGAGCCCAACCUCCUUUUAAUCUCCAUUUAGGUGAGAGAUGCCUUCUGUGUCUGGCAGUCCUUACCUAAAAGAUGGCCAGGGACCAUGCAGAGAGGGAGAUAAUCUCAUAAAUGCAGAUGUGACCCUUCAAAAGGACGGAGUUUUUGAUCUAGACGCUGUUGGUCACAAGCCUUCUGCAAACAGUGGAGAUGCUUGUCAGAAAGUAGGAGAAGAAUCCCAGAAAAAGAGUGAAACAAACAAAAGUGAUCUGACUGAGGAGGAGGCUGAUGACGAGAUUAAAUGGAUUCGCCCAGAUUUACCCAGCAGAUGCACCUGGAGACUCGGAGCUCCAGUUUCAGAGUCACCUCACAGCCACCCACCACGCAAUAAACCGCCGACCAUCCUCCCCAGCAUCCUCGGCCAUAUUGGAUACACACCUUUGGUUCGCUUGAACAAAAUCCCAAAGGAGUCUGGGGUGAAGUGUGAAAUCUUGGCCAAGUGUGAGUUCUUCAAUGCAGGAGGCAGCAUAAAGGACAGAAUCGCCCUGCGGAUGGUGGAGGAUGCUGAGAGAGCAGGAAUACUCAAGCCAGGAGACACCAUCAUCGAGCCCACUUCUGGAAACACAGGUAUCGGCCUUGCUCUAUUGGCUGCUGUGAAAGGCUACCACUGCAUUAUAGUCAUGCCUGAGAAGAUGAGUAUGGAGAAGGUGGAUGUGCUGACAGCUCUUGGAGCAGAUAUUGUGCGCACUCCUACGUCUGCAGCCUUUGACUCACCAGAGUCUCACAUACGCACAGCUUGGCGAUUAAAGAGCGAGAUUCCCAACUCGCACAUCCUCGACCAGUACUGUAAUCCAAGUAACCCCCUGGCUCAUUAUGACACCACAGCUGAGGAGAUACUGGAGCAGUGUGAUGGUAAGCUGGACAUGUUUGUUGCUGGAGCAGGGACAGGUGGGACGCUUACAGGUGUUGCUCGAAAGCUUAAGGAGAAGUGUCCCAAUGUCAAGAUAAUCGGUGUGGACCCUGAAGGCUCCGUUCUGGUUCACUCAGAAGAGGAACAAAACAAGAGUCAUUUUGAAGUAGAAGGAAUUGGGUAUGACUUUGUCCCCAAGGUGCUGGACAGAUCUAUUGUGGACAAGUGGUACAAAUCUACUGAUACAGAAACAUUCAACAUGGCCCGCAGGCUGAUCAGAGAGGAAGGUCUUCUCUGUGGUGGAAGCUCUGGUUCAGCCAUUGCAGCUGCACUGAAGAUGGCUCAGGAGCUGGAGGAGGGACAGCGCUGCGUGGUCGUCCUGGCCGACUCGGUUCGCAACUACUUGUCGAAGUUCCUGAGUGAUCAGUGGAUGUGUGAGAAGGGAUUCCUCAGCCCGAAGCCUCCAAAAAAUAUCAAACCAUGGUGGUGGGAUCUGACUGUUCAGAGUCUGCAGCUGCCCUCCCCUCUCACUCUUGCACCUUCCCUGUCCUGCCAGAAAGCCAUGGAGGUCCUGAGAGAGAAGGCUUUCGACCAGGCUCCAGUCAUCGAUGAGUCAGGUGAGAUCCUGGGGAUGGUGACUCUGGAUACCAUGCUGUCUGACAUCCUGGCUGAAAAGGUCAAACUGUCCGAUCCAGUCAGCGCGGCGCUCUGCAAAAACUUCAAGCAGGUUCAUCUGACAGACCACCUGUCCAAGUUAUCCUGCGUUCUUAAAUCCCGAAGCUUUGUCCUGGUGGUGCACGAUCACACCCGGUAUGAGGCUGAUGGAUCAGCUUCUCAGAGGCAGACGGUGUUUGGCGUUGUGACCGCCAUCGACCUCCUGAACUUCAUCACUGCACAUGAGCAGCAGCAGAGUCAAUCUCCAUCCAAAUGCUCGAUCUAAAAGUGCACCUCAGGGGAAAUGACCCGUUGAAGAUGUUAGAUCUGCUCAGCAAAAAAAAAAAAAACACCAUUUAGGUUGAUUUAGGAGAAAAGAUUAGGAAAACUUUAGAAAAACAAAAGAAAAAAAAGCAAAUUUGGCUUCUUAUUUUACUUUUUAAAACCUGUCCCUUUAUGUUUGAGAACGUUCUUCUGCAGAGACAUACUAGCUGCUAGUUGGAUUAUUUUUUUAGUGGAAUUUAUUAGUAUGAGCAAUAUGGAAAACAUUUUUUGUUUCUGUCAUUUUAUUAUUAGUUUGAUUUAAUGUAUUUAACAAUCCUUAAGUUUUUAACCAAGCAGAAGUGAAACGCUGCCUUUUAGACUCUAACUAGACAACAGUUGUAAUCAUUUGUGUGAAUUUUUAUGUUUUGCUGAUAAUCUUUGAUUAUAUGAAUUUGUCUGAAGUGGUUAAAGUGACGAUAAAACAGACACGACUUAAUUUCUGAACUAGCAACACUUUCAUGAUAAAUGUAAGUUUUACAGAAAACAAAAUCAACAUUUUCUCUUUCCUUCCUCAUUUUAAAGCUUUUUUUCUUUUCAUUUGAUUUUAUUCAUUUGUGUUUGAAUGAUAAUAUUCAUCUUUUUGUGCUGAUGUUGCUUACAUUUACAUUUAGAUGUGCAGAUGUGUAAAAUGUGCUUUUUGCACACGAUUGAUUCAUAAAUCAUGUAGAUUAUAUCACAAAAGUUAUGAAAUCCUGACAUCUGCUGCUGUGUUGUGCAACUGUUUCAAUAUCUCAUGCUAUUGUCGCUAAUAGAAAGCACAUUGAAUGGCCUCUGUGUAUGUAAUGUGAUGUAGAAAUAAAGCUGCGUUGCCAAUCUAA